UAAGUAAAUUGACCAGAGGCGUGACUAUGUCUUUGACCAGCAUGAUUUGUUUACUAUAUAAGAAUGGUCAUCAGUAGGGUUGACCAGUGUUCAAUUUAUCUAGAUUACCAUCGAGACAACAUGAAAGCUGUUCUUUGUUGCGCUGUUUUCGUAGCUGUUCUUGCUCUCUCGAGCGCAGAGGAAUGCAGAUCUGUGGGUGACUGUGGUCACGUGACAUGCCCAGAAAGCAAUUACCAACUUGAAUGUCAUAACAGACAGUGCACAUGCAGCAAAGUGUCAUCGAGCGGUUGCCGUGUACAGUCGGACUGUUCCGGAGAUGAUUGUAGGUACGGAUGGCACUGUGUAGAUGGCAGAUGCAGGUGUGGGUUCGGUUUCGGAGGUGGCAAAUAAAUUAACUUACUUGUGUUAAUUGUUAUUAACAUUGUUAUAAUUUUCAAAGAAAAUAAAAUAUGCUGUUUUAAGCAGAUAUAUUGUUCA